AUGCCCAACGACGACGCUUUCGGCAAGUCCUCCGCAGCGGCCGUGGCCUCCCACGCUCCGGGGGCACCGCCGCAGGGCAAGGCCGGGGGCUACGGCAAAACCUCCGGGGCUCAGGUGGGGCCGGCCGGGGGCUCAGGCACCGGGGGCAGCAGCGGAGGCGCCUCGGGCUCCGGCGGCACCAGCAAGAAGUCGCCCAGGCUGCCCAAGUGCGCCCGCUGCAGGAACCACGGCUACGCGUCGCCGCUCAAGGGCCACAAGCGCUUCUGCAUGUGGCGGGACUGCCAGUGCAAGAAGUGCAACCUGAUCGCCGAGAGACAGCGCGUGAUGGCCGCGCAGGUGGCUCUGAGAAGACAGCAGGCCCAGGAGGAGGAACUGGGCAUCAGCCACCCCAUCCCACUGCCCAGUGCAGCUGAGCUGCUUGUCAAGAGAGAGAACAACGUUGGCAGCCCAUGCCUCAUGACUGAGAACAGCAGCUCCUCACAACCUCCACCGGCCAGCAGCCCCACCUCUGUGGCCUCAGAGGGACGCAUGGUCAUCCAGGAUAUUCCUGCUGUCACCAGCAGAGGGCACGUGGAGAACACAUCUGACCUGGUGUCCGACUCCGCCUACUAUGGCAGCUUUUACCAGCCCUCUCUGUUCCCUUACUACAACAACCUGUACAACUACCCGCAGUACUCCAUGGCCUUGUCUGCAGAGCCCUCCUCCGGGGACAUGGGGAGUCCCCUGGGGGGAUCUCCUGUGAAGAAUAGCCUGCGGAGCCUCCCUGCACCUUACAUGCCUGGGCAGGCCGGAAACCAGUGGCAGAUGAAAAACUCAGAGACUCGCCACUCUGUGAGUGCUCAGUACCGGAUGCACUCUUACUACGGGCAUCCAUCCUACCUGGGCCAGAGUGUGUCCCAGAUCUUCACCUUUGAGGACGGACCCUCCUACUCCGAAGCCAAAGCAAGUGUCUUCGCCCUGCCCUGCAGUCAGGAUUCUGGCUUGGUAUCCCUGUCCAGCAGCAGUAACGAGAGCACCAAGGGGGUUCUGGAAUGUGAGUCCACCACCUCGGAGCCCAGCUACACCCAGGCCUUGGAGGAGGACACCGACGAACUGGACAAUGAGAAGAUGGCCGACUCGACGGGGCAGGACAGCCAGUGCCCGUCCUUCGGAAAGGUGCCCCAAUGUCCACCUGCUCGCCUGAUGCCCUGGACGUGCGGGGACAGCUGUGGGGACCAGGCUGCAGAAGGCGGGCAGAGUGACCAGGGGCUCAAUCCCGGAACAGCGGCGCCCUCCUCCCCCACCUCUGCAGAGGCUGCUGGCUCUCGGGCACUAGUGUCCCGACUGCGCGGCGGUGCCCGGCCCGGCGCCCUGGGCGAUGCUCGCCGUCUCGUUGCCACAGCCGGUGCCCCAGCUCGCUACCCACGCACUUGGGCGUUGUCCUCGGUGUCCACCGCUGCUUUCCUGGGGGACACGUGA